AUGCUGGGGAAGGCUUCAGCCUGGCGAUUCCUGGAAUGGGCUCAAGGAAACCCGGAAGGCGUGUGUUCACUGCCCACGGGAAAGACACCUGAGUACUUCAUCAAGUGGGUACAGCGAAUUCUGAAAGAGUGGAAUACUGCAGAGAUGCAGGCAGAAGCCAAGAAGUUCGGGCUUUCUGACAGGAAGCCGGUGCUUGACAAGCUGACCUUUGUGCAGAUUGAUGAAUUUUAUCCUAUUUCACCGCAGCAGCACAAUAGUUUUCAUUACUAUGUGAAUGAGUACUACAUCAAAGGUUUCGGCUUGGACCCCUCCCGGGCCUUGCUCAUGGACUGCUCGAAGAUUGGAUUGGACCGGGUGAAGGAAAGCUUUGGGCCCACUGGAGAGCCACAAGAUCAUUUGCAGAUGAGUAUGGAGGACAUUUGGUCCGACGGCCGGGUAGAUCUCACCCUGCGGACCCGGGAGCCCACCAGUCGACUGGAGCGGUUGCAGCAACGAGUGCUUCGGCAGGUGGACCAAUGGUGUGCCGAAUACGAAGGAAAGAUCCGAGCACUUGGCGGCAUCGGCUUCUUCAUGGGUGGCAUUGGGCCAGAUGGGCAUGUCGCCUUCAAUUGCCAAGGCUGCGAUCACUUCUCCACCACUCGGCUGGACGAGCUCAACUACCCCUCUCAGGCGGCCGCAGCGGGCGACCUGGGCGGCAUCGAGGCGGUGCGCAAGAGGAAGGUCAUCACUAUCGGCUUGGGCACGGUGACCUUCAACCCGCGCUGCGUGGCGCUCAUCUGCGCCGCGGGUGAAGCUAAAGCGCAAGUGGUCAAGCAAGCUGUCGAGGAAGAUCCGCACGUCAACUUCCCCGCGACAGCUCUCCAUAAGCUGCCUCGGGCGUGUUUCUUUUUGACCUCUGGCGCUGCGAAGCUCUUGAGCCGUCGACAGCUGGCUCUCCUGGAGACUCUCAAGGCGAUUGAUGACCAGCUGGUGGAGAAAGCCUUGGUGUCCCUGUGCUGCCAGCGGCGGAAGAGGCUGCUGGACCUGACCGCCACAGACCUCAGUGCGUCGCCCUUCGCGGCGGAGGUGCUGCGCAAGGCGGGAAAGCCGCUGAAGGACUGCGCGGAGCAAGUGAGGAAGACCUUGAUCCAGAAGAUUGAACGAGGCUGUCAGGUGAGAGAGAAAUGCCAGUUCUUGCACACAGAGCCGCACCAUGAUGACAUCAUGCUGGGAUAUUUGCCUGCGGUUCUACGUUCCACGCGAGUGGCCUCGAAUCAGCACCACUUCGUUUGCGCCACCAGCGGUUUCAACUCGGUGUCCAACAAGCACAUGCUCAUGCUGCUGCAGCGCGUGGAACGCUUUUCCCAGUCGCCCACCUUCCAACGCCUUUGCGCCGAGAAGUACUUCAGCGCCGACGCGGCGCUGGGCGACGCGGCGCUGGACUUCCGCCGCCGCGACGUGUGGAAGUUCUUGGAUGGUAUUGCCGCCGCUGACGACGAGCUGCGAGACGAGGGCGCUGCGCGGCGGCUGGCGUCUUGGGUUUGGAAAGGUGCUCCAGGUGGUCCAGGUGAGGAGGGUGGUCCAGGUGAGGAGGAUGGUCCUCCAUUCAAGUGGGGGGGUGUGCUCAGUGCUUUAUAUGGACCCUUAUCCAAAGGACAUGUAGGGCCAUUGUAG